AAGGAGAAGCUGAGGUGAUAAAUACAAUGAUCUCAGAAAUUAGGGGAGAUAAUUCAAAGGAAGAUCAUCUUAAAUCCCAAACCGGUUUUACUUCCAUCGUCUCCUCUUCUCCAUCCCCAGAAGCGGACAGGCUGCUGAGCUGCAGGAGCAGACGGGACACCGGCAGCAGCAUCACCAUCCACCCGGAGGAGAGCGGGAGCAUCCAGCCUCUCGUCCCCGCCCGCAUCGACAUGACAUCGGCGGACUUCCCGGCGCACACCGCCCCUCUGCUGCUGACACACACGUCCAAGCGGAGCCUUUUCUACAAAGCGCUCUGCUUCCUCCUCCUCCUCUUCCAAGGCGGCGUCCUGGACUUCUACCUCAUCAUCUUCACCGACCUGUACUGGUGCUCCUGGAUCGCCACGGACCUGGUGGUGGUCUCCGGGUGGGCUAUGUUCUUCGUGAAGAACGCGCGGAGCAAGCGGGAGAGGGCGUGCGGCUUCCACCAGAAGGGCUCCAUCUUCGGCGGGUGCAACCUGGGCGAGUUCACCUACGCGUACCUGGCUUGGCUCAUCUACGUCAUAGCCUGCACCCCGAAGGUGGUGCUCGUCCUGGAGACCUCCAUACUGGAUCUAAUCGCCGUCAAAGUGCCAUGCGGGGUGACAGGCUUUAAAGUCGUCACCUUGCUGUCCGCCCCACUACUCCUCUGCCUCAUGAACGCCAUCACCGAGGAUCUUAACGGCGCCACCCGGCACCAUUCCCACAGCUGCUUCAUGACCACCUGCCUCGACCUCAUCGACAGCUUCUCCCUCAUUGAGCUACUGCUCCGCAACCAAAUCCCGACCCCGUACCUGAAGUACGCCGUCAUUUCGGCCUACUUUUUGGCCCUGGCGGGUCCAGUUAUCUGGCUCUACGAACUUACCGUCUCGGAACUCAGCUGCCGGUGGCUGUGGGCUCGCUUCUUCGCGGGCCUCCUGGUCAACGCGCCCUUGCUGGUGGUCCGCUGUUUCCAGGUGUUCGUCUACAAGACGCCGGUGUCGGUGUUCAUGUUUAAAAACAUAUUAUUCCUGCUCUGCGCCUUCCUGGACUUGAGCGAGCAGUGCGUGGCGGUGCGCGGUGUCCGAAGGAGGAUGGCGGGCGGAAGUAACCAGGCCCAGUUCUCCCACGGAGUAUCCGAAAACGACAUGUGUCCACACGGAUAUGUUAACACCCUGGCCGUCACACAGUCUUAGUUUGUGGUGGUGGUGAACACGGUCCACCAUUUCCUUUUUAAAAAAAAUCGGAAUUCGAGAAAAUUGUAAUUAGAAAGAAAAAAAAUA